UUUGUCAGUCGUCAGUAAACAGCAGAAGCAGCAGCUCGUCCUCAGGUAACAGACUCCGCUCUGAUGGAGAACACUCUGAUCAGAUUCACACACUGUGGAAGAAGUAUCUUCAGUUUCUCGUGUCCAGACGAGCUGCAGUGUCCAGUGUGUCAGCAGAGGGUCAGGUUUGGUCUCGUGGACGCACCUGUGGCGCUGCCCUGUCCUUUCAGGAGUGGACACACGGUCCCCUGCGCGCUCCUGAUCGCGUGUGCGCGCGGACCAGCACAUCUCGCGGAAUGGCAUGACACAGAGAUCCAUGUGGGGCUGUCAGAUUCAGCAGGUCUGGUCUAUAACUACACGCUGUCAGGCGUCCGGAGAGACGAGUGUGGCUGGGAGCGCUGUGUGUGUGUGCAGCUGGGCUCUGAGAGGACACCGGAGCGCAGGGAAUCAUGGGACACGGAGCUGGAGCGCUUCUCGGCUCUGCCUCAGUGGGCUCCAGAGCGGUUUGCUGAGGAGAGGGAGUUUGGCUCGUGCUGUUAUGGUUUCGCUCUGACCUUCAUAAACCACAUGCGCUCGCUGGAAGGGAAGGAGUCUCUGAGCCGAGACCAGUUCACUGGGUCUCACGUUCUGCCCAGAAUGAAGACCGUGUCGCUGUACAUCAGCAUCUAUCAAGCAGUAUUACAACAUGGUUUUCACAUCACUGAAGCUGCACAUGACGUCUGAUGCACAUCUCUUCACUACAGAGUCAUUCUGUGUCAAAUAAACCAUAUCUCACAGAC